AUGGCCGUCCCAACAGCUGCUACCGCGGCACCAGCCAAGGUCAAGGACCGCUCCACCACCUACAAAAUCUCUCCUGGGAGCUCCAAGCCUCCCUCGCCCAACCUCGCCAACUCUCGCACGUCUUUCUCGUCUAUAAGGGAGGACGACACCGACUUGGCCCAGACUUUCACCUCCUCCAAAGUCUCCUGCUACACCCUGCAACAGGAGCAAGCAGUAAGCGACGACGAGUCCCCCGGUACUAUGGUUUCCCAGGCCCAGUUCUUCGCACCCGUCACUCAGCCUGGCAGCCGGCUGCACGGCAACUGGGUCCCUGCAGACGACUUCAAGGGAUGGAAGCAGAUCAAUGUUCGUGGGAGGCUGGCGAGCCGGAGCUUUGGCGACCUCGCGUCGCUGACCCUCGCCUGGGAGCCCAGGCCCGCCCCCGUCAAGCGCAGGCCGUCCAAGGUCACAGGUGAGUCUGCGCUUGAGAGCCUGCCUCUGGAGCUGCUCAGUUCUAUAAUCAACCUUCUGCUUCUGGACAUCCCGCCCAACGGUAUUACGAAGCGGAACAUGGACCUGAUGUCCCUCCUGCUCACGUCCAAGAAGCUCCACGGCGCGACCUUGCUCACCCUCUACCGGCAAAUCACGAUCCCGCACUCGCGGAUUUUCCAGAAAUUCCUCGCACAUGUCACCGAGCACCCAUCACUCGGCACUUUGGUGCGGCGGUUCGAUUUCUGCCACUUCAACCCAACCACCUUGUUCAUGACAGCCAGCGAGCGGUCCCAGGCCCGCAACCUGACCUCUGACACCCUUCUCCAGGCACUGGAGCUCACGCCACACCUGCACGAGUUCCUGGCCCAGGAGCAUAUCGACGACGAGCUCGAUGCUAAGGUGCUGCAGAAGCUGUUCUUCAAGCUGGACAGGGUCCAGGCUCUGGACUUCUGCGGCUGCUCGUGCGCGUCCUUCCGAGACGCCUUCACCAGCACAAUCUGCUCGGCUGAGUGGAAGGAACCGCUCGGGCUCAAGAGGCUUUCCCUGCACAAGUGUACGACGCUUCCUGUGGCGGUCUUCGAGACGCUCCUGCCCAACCUUCCCAACCUCACCCAUCUUGACAUCGCGGGCACUCAGGUCACGGACGCGGCGCUGGCCUCCCUCCCCAGCUCCGCGCGCAUCACCCACCUCAACAUCGCCAAGUGCAACAAGCUCUCCGCAGACGCAAUAAUUAAUUUUAUCUCAACACACCCGGCCGUCACCCAGUCGCUCGUCUGGCUGUCCCUCGCGACGGACGCCCGGGUCCACGAGACCUUCGACGCCGACGCCAUCACGAGGCUCCUGCCGCUCCUGCCCGCGACGCUCAAGUCGCUCUCCCUCAAGGGCAGCAGCAUGAACGAGUCCCACAUCCCACUGAUGCGGCCACUAACCAAGCACCUGGAAGAGCUUGCCCUGGGCCGCGGCCUCGGCGUGAACGACACCAACGGCCUCUUCGUCCCGGACGUCGACGUGGACGAAAUCGACGCCGACGGCGACCGCGUGAUGGCGACCAUCGACGCGUGGGAGCCGCACACGCUGCGGUACCUCGAUCUCUCGGACAUGUGGAACGGCGACUUCGACCUCCCGACGCUGUACAACACCUCGGGCUGCGCGCUGCUGACGGGCCAGACGGUCCCGCUCGAGGUCAUCGAGGUGCCCGAGGACGUCGCCCGCCGGCUGGCCAAGGGCCACGCCCCGCUGACCCGCCUGGGAUGGCGGGUCAGCGAGCUGGGCAGCCGCACGUGGGUCGUGCGCGCGUCCGUCCCCGGCGCCCAGGGCCAGGACCAGGCACAGCCCCAUGAUAACGGCAGCAGGGGCUGGAAGAUGGGGGCCGAGAACUGGGGGAUGCGCAAGGUGCCCAUGGCCAGGGCCGAGGUCGGAGGCAUGUACGGGAGCUACAUGUUCAGCAAGCUGUAA